AUGGAGGGACAUGGUGAAAUUGAUAAGCGAGAUGACAAUGGGUUGCUCAUGAAUGGGACACUUUUGUAUCAGCUUCAUGAUCCGCGAACUCGAGACGAAUUUCAAGUUUUGUGGGACACUUCACGAAACACUUGGAAAUCUUUGCCGAACGUCCAGAUUUGGUUUCAAGAGGCAAUGUACGAGGCGGGAGUCAACGGAACGAACAUUCCUGGAAUCAAUGGACAAGAUUAUUCUGCUGGUGAUCUAACCGUUGGAUACGGUGAAGGAGGAUCAGCAAGAUCCGAGUUCUUUGGGCCUGAGCUUGGAUUCGGAUUCCAUUUGGAUUUGCCACCUGGAUCAUCGACGAGGGAUAAGAUAUUGCUCGUCAAGACCGCUUGGGGUGGCAAGGAUUUAGCACAAGACUUUCGGCCACCAUCAUCAGCGCAAGAGUUUGAUCCAUUCUGCUUGCUUCCUGAAUGCGACCCAUUCUCUGUCGGUCACUACUACAAUGUCAUGCUGCAGGAUGUCAACAAGCUUCUCAAGCCGGGCGUCCUGGGGACGAUCUUUCCCCAAUACACUAAUAUGACAGUCGAUGUGGCUGGAUUUGUAUGGUUUCAAGGAUGGAACGAUGGUUGCAGCGUAAACUACACCGCCGCCUAUGAAACUAAUCUUGUGCAUCUGAUUCAAGAUAUGCGGUAUGCUUUGAGAAAGCCCAAACUUCCAGUAUUGGUUGGAGUUUCUGGAUUUGAGGGAUGGCGAGACAAUGGGCAAGGUCGAAAACCUACCAAUUGCUGGGAUGGACCAAACAUCAUUGACAGGAUACAUUGUGAUUGUAGUGGAUUUGACCGAGAGUGUCGAAGGAUAGAUAUUAUGUUGUCCCAAAUUGAAGCUGCCAACCUGACAAAGCAUCCAGAAUUGGGUUGUUGUGUUGAAUCCAUUGAAACCCGCGACUUUUUUCGCGCUGCAGAAUUAUCGCCGAUGGACCAAGGCUAUCACUUUAAUCACAACGCUGAAACACAUUUUUUGAUUGGAAAGGCAAUGGCCAGAGGAAUGAACCGGCUGCAAGCGGCAAGCACCGAUGAUUCUGGAAUGCCAGCCCAGUCCCUAUGA